UUCGAGAAGAAAAGGCGGUUGUCUGCUAUUUCAAAUAUUUUUGGCAGUAUGCUGUGCUGUGGCCCCAAACAACAAUUUUGUUGUGCAUUCAAAAUAACAAAUUCUGAUCAAUUGCAACAUGUCUAUUAAGUCUCAUCUGCACAAUAAUGUAACGUAGCAUUUUGCCGCAUUAGCAUAUAAACAGGAAUCAAUUACUUUUGACACGUAUAGGAACAAAUAGGUCUACAUUUCCCACUUUGUUUUUUACUCGCAUGAUAUGUACGACGAAGUGCAUAACAGUACAAUAGGCUGCUUAUGUGCUUCUCAUCAUUACACAGCAUGCACAGGGACGUCGGCCAUUAAAAUUGCCCUACAGGAGUCCCUCUUUAAUUGCUGGGAUAUUCGGUAUCCGCUCUUUUCAGGAGGAAUCUUAGCAAAUGCAAUAUAUGGUGGUUAUAGCUGUUAUGUCCUAGUAAUAUUAAUACAUAGUUAUUUGGUUGUGUUCUUGCCAUGUAGGUAACAUAUUACGUGACGUUUCGAAUUUAGCGUAGUAGAAUCAGGGGGUGGGUUUGCCUGCCAGGCUCUACCUUGGACAGCUCUCACUGCUGUUACCAGGCAGACAUAGUUCCAACAUGGCAGCAACUGGGAACGCAGAAGAGACGCAGUUGCAAGAGAUGGAGGAAGAGGCAGGGAUGGAGAGAGAAAUGGAUUCAGAUGAAGAGGAGGGUAUGGGAAUCGAAAAUUCAGACGAUGAAGAAGACGAUUCGUCAGAAGAUGAUAAAGAGAAUGAAGCCGAAAUUCAGCGUUUGGAGGAGCAGCUGUCCAUCAAUGCUUUUGACUACAACUGUCAUGUGGACCUCAUAAAACUCCUGAGGCAGGAGGGGGAACUGCCUCCACUGCGUAAGGCAAGGCAGAAGAUGAGUGAGCUCUUCCCACUGACUGAAGAGAUAUGGCUGGACUGGCUCAAGGAUGAGAUCCGCCUAACCGAGGAGGAGCAGAACCGGGAGAAAGUCUACGAGCUCUUUGAGAUUGCUGUGAAAGAUUAUAUCUGCCCUGAAAUCUGGCUGGAGUAUGCCCAGUACUCUAUCGGGGGCAUGGGACUGCCUGGUGGGAUGGAGAAGGUGAGGUCCAUUUUCGAGAGAGCCCUGACAGCCGUGGGGCUGCACAUGACCAAGGGGGCGACUCUGUGGGAGGCCUACAGGGAGUUUGAGAACGUCAUACUGGCAACUGUUCAGCCUCCCCCUGGCAGCGUCCCCACCUGCGAGCAGCAGGAGCUUCUGAACGCUCAGCUCGAACGCAUCCACACUCUUUUCUGCCGCCAGCUGGCCAUCCCCUUAAUGGACAUGGAAGGAACAUAUGCAGAGUAUGAGGAGUGGUCUGACCAGGGGGUGUCUGAUACAGUCUCCCAGAAGUACAAGAGGGCCCUGCAACAGAUGGAGAAGAGCAAGCUUUAUGAGGAGACUUUGAUGGCAGCCGAGCCACCCAAGCUAGCAGAAUAUCAGACCUAUAUUGACUAUGAGCAAAAGGAGGGUGACCCGGCACGGAUCCAGAUCAUCUUUGAGCGGGCACUGGCAGAGAACUGCCUGGUACCAGACAUGUGGGCCAAGUACACCAAGUACCUGGAUCGUCAACUAAAAAUCAGAGACCUGGUCCUGUCCUCUCACGACCGUGCGGUCAGGAACUGCCCCUGGACCAUGGGCCUGUGGAAGAACUACCUGCUUGCCCUGGAGAGGCAUGGGGCUGACCACCACACUAUCUCAGACGUUUUUGAAAAGGCCCUGAAUGCCGGAUUCAUACAAGCUACAGAUUAUGUUAAUAUCUGGGAAGCGUACCUCGAUUACCUGAGGCGGCGUGUCGAUUUCAGCAAAGGUGAAAGCACCUUAACAUUGGAGUCGAGCAGAGAGCUGGAGGAGCUGCGGGCAGCCUUCACCCGUUCUCUAGACUAUAUGAAACAGGACGUGGAAGAGAGAUUUAGUGAAAGUGGAGACCCUUCCUGUACCAUCAUGCAGGUCUGGGCAAAGAUAGAGGCCCUGCAUUGUAAGAACAUUCAGAAAGCUAGAGAACUGUGGGACAGCAUCAUGACAAAAGGGAAUGCCAAAUUCGCUAACAUGUGGCUGGAGUACUACAACCUGGAGAGGUCGUACGGAGAUGCUCUUCACUGCAGGAAAGCCCUCCACAGGGCCGUCCAGUGUACCUCCGACUACCCUGAGCAUGUGUGUGAGGUCCUGCUCACCUUUGAGAGGGUUGAGGGGUCUCUGGAGGACUGGGAUGCAGCGGUGCAGAAGACUGAGACGAGGCUGAACAGAGUAAACGAGCAGAGGGCCAAGGUGGCAGAGAAAGAGGCUCAUCUGGUCCGACAGGAGGAGGAGAAGACUGAACAGCGGCGGAGGGCCAAGGCAGACAAGAAGAACCAAAAGAAGGGACAGAAAGGCAGCAGGCCUGGGGAGAAGAGGAAGGCAGAGGAUGAGGAUAAUGAGAAUGAGUGGGGGGAGGAAUCGGAGCAACCUCCAAAGAGGCACCGAGGGGAGGGCAACCAGGGCAGCUUCAGGGGAGGAGGUGCUGAGGAGUUCAUGGAGACAGAGAGUGGACUGUUUGGGAGGAGAGCCCCCCCUUGCCGCAGACAGGAACCCCCUGGUGCUAAGAGGGGCCAACAGAUGGCACCAGCCACCGUACGGAAGACCCAGGAAGACAACCCCGAACAACGCAAGGAUGACUGCAGUGUGUUUAUCAGCAACCUGGCCUUCAGCAUGGAGGAUCCAGAGAAGAGACUGAAGGAGUUGUUUGAGCCCUGUGGUCCUGUCCAGUCGGUGCGCCCCGUCUACGCUGCCAAGGGCUUCAGAGGGUACUGCUACGUACAGUUUGAGGGCAAGACGUCCGUGCCCGAGGCCCUGAAGAUGGACCGGCGUGAGGUCGAUGGCAGGCCAAUGUUCGUAUCGCCCUGUGUGGAUAAAAACAAGAACCCUGAUUUUAAGGUGUUUAAGUACAACACAAACCUGGAGAAACACAAGAUCUUUAUCUCGGGCCUGCCCUUUUCCUGCACCAAGGAGCAGCUGGAGGAGCUGUGCAAAGAUCAAGGCACCAUCAAAGACAUCCGCCUGGUCACCAACCGCUCAGGCAAACCCAAGGGUCUGGCGUACGUGGAGUUUGAAGAUGAGGCUCAGGCCUCCCAGGCCGUGCUGAAGUUGGAUGGCACGGUACUACAGGAACACACACUCUCUGUUGCCAUUAGCAACCCACCUCGCAGAAAUGCAGCCAACAAGCCUGACUUCAGCAGGCCCAUGGGAGCCAUGAUGCCCCAGGCGAUGGUCUAUGGAUCGCGGGGAAAAGGGCGAACCCAACUCUCACUAAUCCCUCGUUCCCUACAUCGGCAGACUGGAUCAGAAAGUAAAGCAGAAAAUGGGACUGCACCUAAACCCACAGGGGGUGCAUCCGGAGACGCUGGGUUUGAAGCACAGGCCAAGCCCAUGUCCAAUUCAGACUUUGCCAAAAUGCUUCUCAGAAAGUGAAAAUUAUGGAAAAAAGAAAGUAAAUCAAAUGACUGCCUUUUGUAUGGAAAGCCAUCUUGGGUCCUUGAGAAGAAAUGGCAGAUCUUGUGCUGUGUUUGACUCCCCUUUAAUCACUCCCAUGGCCUCAUUCUCCUUGUCACUUUUUGUGAGAAAGCCUUAAUCUCCCUGGCUCCUUCGACUGGCCCCAAACUCCAUAUUACCAUCCUUUUGAACAAUGAUUGAUUCAUAUUCCUUUUGAAAAAGUGUGAGUGACCAAUUUCGGCUUGCUUUUUUUUAGAUUGGAAAAGGUGUUUUUAUAGAAGACGUAAGUAAUGUGUCAAUUAUUUUUUUCUGAAUUGAGGAAAGGGUUCUGAGUUUAGUAAAAAAAAGUAAUUAACUGCUAAAACAACCCAGCUUGUGAAUUAUGUUUCUUGUUGUUUAAAAAAAAGUAUAUGCAAGAGCUUGACAUUUGAGAUGUGUAUCUAGAGCGAUAUUCUAUCUAUCGAUAUUCUAAUUUCCCCCCAUUUGUGUUAAGUUUCACACAUUUUGAAUAUCUUUUUUGUGUAUCUAGAGCGAUAUUCUAUCGAAUCCUGGUGUAAUUUCAUGUUUAUCUGAGCUAUGCGCCGUUCAAGCAGGCAGAAAUACAGCCGGUAUGAUGCGUUUUGCAUCAGAUGCACAAAAGCAAUAUAACAUUUAGAAUGGGUGAAUCUUUCCUCUAAGGUAUCUUCAAUGUCAACAUGCCACUAAAAUCUUUUGCGUCCCUUACAGGGCAGAUAACGUGCAACGAUAUUUGUUCCCAAACUGUGAAAGACUAAUGCUUCGCUUUACAGAAUAUUACCUUAAACGGCAGUUGUACAAAUAAUUUAUUUGCAGAUGUACUAAUUCCUUACCUGUUCUGUGCUCACAUUUACAAUGUAGUUUUCAAAAGUCUCUGUUCAUAGGAAACAAAAAGCAUGUAUCAUCUAUAGCUGUUAAAAUCCUUUAUCCUUCAUCUAUAGCUGUUAAAAUCCUUUAUCCUUCAUCUAUAGCUGUUAAAAUCCUUUAUCCUUCAUCUAUAGCUGUUAAAGGUUUUAUUGCUGGCACUAUAAUUUAACAGGUAGUCGUGUGCAUGUCAUUAACCCAGUGCCCCAUUUUGUUUGCUUAUCAUGUUUAGGCUGUCUGAUUGGAGGACAUUUUUGUUGUACAUUGUAUGUCAUAUUUUCCUUAGAUUGUUUCCAAUUUACUUCCAGUUAAGUUAGUUUAUUAAAUACCUUAACCAUCUGUAGAAGUCUUGAGAUGGGUAGGGAAUGAAGAACUGACAGUUUGGAGAAGCUGUCAUCCUAGUAUUGUAAUGAGUACUGUCCACAAGUGAAUCAACUGUUGUUGGGAGAAAAAUCUAUGCAGCUGUUUGAUUGCAAGAGCCCUCCAUCAAAUCUGCCCUACAAUAUAUGUUCAGUAUGUGAUAACAUCAUGGGAAUGCAGGUUUAUACUUAAUUCAGAACUGUCUCCUUUUCCUUUCAAAUCAAUCCUGUUUGGAUGAGUGGGGAACGUCAAAUGUGUGUUCAGACUCCGUGGUUGACCAUAGUUUUGUAAUACAUUUGUUUGUUUUGAGAUUUAUUAGCUAUAUCUAUCAAUGUUCUAUCACCACAGUGGCCUAAUCCAGGGUUUCCCAAACUUCAUCCUGCUCCCCCCCGGUGCACAUGUGUUUUCUUUCUAGCACUACACAGAAGACGCAAUAACCAACUCAAGCUUUGAAUCAGCUGUAUAGUGCUAGGGGGAAUAAACAAAACGUGCACCCAGGGGGGCCCCAGGACCGGGUUUGGGAAACCCUGGCCUAAUCUAGUUAGAGACUACAAAUGUUUGAUCUUUAGAAGUCGCUUUCUGUUUCAUCCAAUACAAAAAUAUGGGGUGUGGUCAUUUUAUUAGAACAAAUGUAAACUAGUGUUUUAAAAAAAACUAAAUUAUCAAUGCAACUUUCUGAGAUUGUACGUGGUCUAUUUUUCUGUGAUUUUAUUUACUACUUAUUUGGAUGUUGUAAAAUUGCCAUCUUGUGGUUUGUUGCUGUUUUGGCCUAAAGUUUAUUAAAACAGUUCAAAUAAUGUUUGAGGUUUUUACACUAAGUCACAUUCAACAGAUACGUUUAUUUUGUAGUAAAUAAACUCAAAUACAUGAAAGUG